CUCGAUUCCAGCACCAAGUUUCUGUCUGCACUACCCAUACUGAGACUACACAAACACCUUUCCGUCCUGUUUUGUUUCCUUUUGCUUUCCGUCCUCGUUGUUUCUUGUGCAUUCUGUACAGUAUUUCACGCCCUGCAUAUCAGUUUAGCCGGUCCUUCACUUUCAUUGCGUUGUCAUCGUCAUUUACUUCCUACUCAAAGCACCGAAAGCCUACACAAUCAACCCAAAAACCAGCGCACCCUCGACUUCUCAAGUGACACAAGAAGCCUCACCUCUUUUUGAUUGCGUCCAUCGUUUGCCUCUUAAGCCUUUCAUCCAUCCUCUCCUUCCAUUGCCUAUCAUGCGUCUUCCACUCGACCACUUCGGCCAAAUCAGGAACUACACCCACAUCGGCCAGGCGGCCAUACUCUUCCUCGCAUGGGUCCUCACAAUAGCUCUCAUGACCUGUAAUGGAACGACAGACGGCCGCGUAGGAUGGUACUUUGGGCUGUGCUUCCUCACAAUCCCAAUCCUAAUAUACCUCGUCAUGGUCCCAAUGUGGUCCCGUGCCCGCCGCUUCGCCAAUGUCUACGCCUUCGCCAGUAUCGACUGCCUCGCCGUGAUCCUCUGGCUAAGCGCCUGGGCCUCCGUAGCCUCGUACAUCUCGGCCGGCAAGGGAAAAGGCACCGGCACAGGUUCAGGCUGCGACAACUUCAAAUACGGCAGCAAGGGCCGGUGCGAACUAGGCGAGACCAUCAUCAUUUUCGGCGUGUUUGAAAUGCUGCUAUUCAUGGCAACGGCCUUCAUAUCUAUUCGUGCCGUCAUGACGUUCAAGCGCACGGGCAUGAUGCCUGCCGAACACGUCGCUGCGCCCGGAGGUAAACAUGGUGGUGACUUCUCCACACAGACACAAGACGCCUUUUCAAGCAACAUGCGCACGGACGACUUGGAGAACGACAGCCACUCCAAUGCCGCGCAGGAGUACGGCUAUCGGAAGUCCGAGUCUGACAGCCAAUACGCGCCUAUCCACCAGAUCGAACAGGAGGAGAUCUUGCACAUGCCUUCUGUGCAGCCUCAAGGGCCAUUGAACAAUUCUGGAUUGGGUAUACAAGCUUACCAAAGCUAUCGAUGACGAGGGUUUGCCCUUUCCUUGUUUCGUUUGUUUUGUGAAGCGUUUCAGCGGCAGGUUGUUCCAUCCUCGGCUCAAUAUCGAGAUGGGAUGGGUCAGGGAUGUAUUUGAUAGAAUCAUGAUCAAACAAUUCAUGCGACUUUCUGCAUUAGUGAAGAAGUGUCAGAUUGGCGAGGAAGUGUCAGAUCAACAGUGGUGCGUAUGCGUCUGCUGCCAAUCUCGAAUGUUGGACGCGUGCUGGCGACCCUUCCACAACGUCCGAACCUUCGACUCGAAAGCAUACUUCACUGCUCGACUAC